AUGGGGGCUAAAAAGAAAAAGUCCACAUCUGAAACCAUAAAUGAAAAGAAUGCAAAAACAGAUGCAGUUGAAAAAAGCUAUGUGAAGGGUGUAAAAGAACAUGCUGCCAGUGUACCAAAAUCCGGUGCUAGCAGAAUUAUUACGCUUGAAGCAAUCGUUUGUGGAAUCGAAACCUCACGAAGCAAGUGGCCAGAAAAGGUGCUGAAAGCAGUUCUUGGCCGAUUUGGAACAAUGCAGAGAGGGGAAUGGCCAUUGUGUCGUUCUUUGUAUAGCGAGAAGUUUUGGUGUGUUAAGAACUGA